AGCUCAUCGGCCGAUCGAAACUUCCGCGCUCGGUUGAUCGCACGCGGUAGAUGGACGCUGCAGACGACGUCGCCGUGAUGCCCGGUUUCCUUGAACUCGACUUCAACCUCGACGACUUCGACUUCGACUUCGACCUGGCCGCCGACGAGUUCUGCGACGCCUACUCCGCCAAAGCCGACAAGAGCGGCGGCGGCGGCGUGGCCCCUGAUGGUGGUUGGCUCGCGGGGUUGCGUGGCGACGGAGGGAGCAGGAGGGAAGGCUCGCCGGACUCCGGCGUGACGGACGGGCCCUUGGCGGCGGAGGGGGACGGGGCCAUAUCGGCGUACGUGAGCGAGCUGGAGCGGUUCCUCAUGGAGGACGACGACGACGAAGUGGGCGAGGUGACGUGCCCAGACGGCGAACGGGUGGAGGAGCUUGGCGCCGACGACUACUUCGGUCAUCUGCUUGCUGGCGACGUCGUCGUCGAUGGCGUCGCGGCGUCGGCUGGUGCUGACCAGAAUGCAGAGGAGGAGAAUGUCGUUCUUGCUGCGCGAGAGGACGAACCGACCUCGAUGAAGCGCGCAAGUGAUACGCUUAGGCACAAGAUCAAGAGCACAGUCAUGAUGCAAUGGGCAUGGGAAGAGCUUGAGGUGAGGAGGAGACAUCUCGCUUCAAUCCAAGUGCCGGCGCCUUGGCUACCAGCUGCUGUCCGGUGCAUGUAGCCCGUGGUUCUUACCUGUUGAUCUUAUGGUACUCUCCGCUCUCGGAUGGACUAUGAUCUCAUCGGCCAUGAUCGCGUACCUGGCCUGAUUGGAACCAGGGGUCAAGAUUUGGGAAGGUACAAAACAUCACAAAAGUUAGAAAUGAAUUGGGAUCUGCUCUUACGAUUUUCCCCUCCCUUUCAGUGGAUAUUUGAUCUGCCACCGGGUAGGCUCAACUGCCCAAGCAUUUCGGGCUGAGCUAAGAGUAUCACCAAACAAGCUGGGUUGUUCAGCUCAGGUGUGACAAUGAGGACUUCAAGGAAAAUUUGGUGUUCCUCAGUUUCCUUAUCCGUGUACCUCCUUGCGUGCUACAUCCGAGUAGAACACAUUCUUUUCAAGCAGCAUGUCUCGUAUUUUCAGUGUUCUUGGGUGGACCUAUAUGCGUACUGCUUUCUCAGACCAGAUCCAUACAAUUCCGGAAUCGUUUGCUACGAACAUGUUUAGUGGCAUUGUUCUUUUAGCUGAAAGUCGCUGAUCGAGAGUUGGGACGAGCGAAGCAAUCUUACCGUGCGGUGCCAAUGCCUCCUGUGAACUUGUGAAAGAUCGUAUUUAUCCGAUGAAUCAACACUUCUCUGGCUUCUCUUUUCUUGUAACAUGAGUUUGUGCGAUCGAGGACCAUUUGCCUCUGCCGGUCCAGUAUCAAGUACUCACAACAGCACCCAGCUUUUGGACGAAACCAACAACGGCCCAAUGUGGAAACAUUACGCUAGUAGAUGUGCAUUCGGAAACACCGCAGCGUCCUAUUAACUUCCCACCUCGGCACGACACCGCCGUC